GGAAUCCCAGUCAGAGUGAGUGGAACCGCUGAUAGGGAAAGAUGGGUGUCACGGUUAAAAUUCUGGUCUGUGUACUGGCCAUCGGCGGUGGUUUGGUCUUUAAGAACGUGAGCCAACUGUGGGCCGAUUUGCCUGUUCCCCAGCUGGAUCCCCAGCAGUGGUGGGGCGAUGAGGAGCAGCCCAAGGAUUACGCAGCCUAUGUGGCCAACAAUUCGGAGGUGAUAAACAACAAACUUAGUUACCCGGAGAAGACCAUUGACGACCUGAGGAGCCGCCUCAAUCGGACCCUGCGCCUUACGCCUCCCCUCGAAGGCGUGGCCUUCGAGUAUGGUUUCAAUACGGACUACCUUAAGGAGGUCGUGGAGUACUGGCGCGAUGACUACCUGCCGCGUUGGCGGGAACGCGAGGUGUUCCUCUGGCAGUUCAACCACUUCACCACCGAUAUUCAGGGGCUACGCAUGCACUUUCUUCACCUGAUGGUGUAUGAUGACAACAAGGUGGGCAAGAAGCACUAUCCGGUGCUGUUGCUGCACGGCUGGCCGGGAUCUGUGCGGGAGUUCUACGACCUCAUCCACUUGCUGCACCAGACCAACCUGGACAAGAACAACAAGUACAUCUUCGACGUGGUGGUUCCCAGUUUGCCGGGUUACGGCUGGUCGGAGGGCACUUCGAGGAAGGGUCUGGGAUCCGCUCAGAUAGCCGUGAUGAUGAAGAACCUUAUGCAGCGCUUGGGAUACGACAAGUUCUUCAUCCAGGGUGGAGACUGGGGCAGCCUCAUUGGCAGCAACAUUGCCACUCUUUACCCGGAUAACGUCCUGGGCUACCACUCGAAUUUGUGCAACAAUAUUAGUCCCAAAUCCUUGAUUAAGGGUUUUGUGGCUGGUUUUUGGCCCAGUUGGUUUGCUCCCUCUGGCUCCGAGGACUUUUUCUUUCCGAAGUCCAAUGAGCUGAAGUACCUGUUGGAGGAGACCGGCUACUUCCACAUCCAAUCCACCAAGCCGGACACUAUUGGAGCCGCACUCGCCGACAAUCCAGUGGGAUUGGCUGCCUACAUCUUGGAGAAGUUCUCCACGUGGACGAAUCCCAGCUAUCGAUCUCUGCCGGACGGAGGACUCACAAAGCGCUAUAAAAUGGACGCCCUGUUGGACAAUGUGAUGAUCUACUACCUGACCAACUCAAUCACCACCUCGCAGCGUCUGUAUGCGGAGCAGUACGCCCAGGCCCAGCGGGAUUUGCAGAUGGAGCGAGUUCCCACUCCGGUGCCCACGGGAUGUGCGCGUUUCAAGCAUGACAUCAUGCAGUUCCUGGACUACCAGUUGCAGGACAAAUUCACGAAUUUGGUGCACAGCACCUACCACAAAAAUGGAGGUCACUUUGCCGCCUUGGAGGUUCCUAAUGUGCUAUACAAGGACUUCAUAGAUUUCGUAAAGACGGUGGAACGUAAAUUUAAAAUUAAGUCUCUGUAGAUUUUUUUCAAUAAAGGAACUUCUUUUUCAAAAAUGGCGGGUUUCAGCUGA